AUGGAGAUUCCAUUGUCCUGCUCGUGUAAAUGCAAGAAGACCUGCAUAGCCGACGAGACAAAUAACCCAGAACAACCAGAUCAGAACAACCAGAUCAGAACAACCAAUCAGCGUAGGAUUCCAUUGUCCUGCUCGUGUAAAUGCAAGAAGACCUGCAUAGCCGACGAGACAAAUAACCCAGAACACCCAGAAAACUAUGGAAUCGGACCCACUGACGACCGAGCACCGUCACCGGAAAGGUGUGGAGCCGAAUCCGUUCAGCCGAAUCCAUCACCAGUACGAGAAAGUUGCGAAACGCCACAGAAUAAUCGCGAAACGAUACCGGAAUGUCAGGAAAUAUACUUGAAAUCCACGCAACCCAGUGGAAUCGACAACGAACUUGGUUUGAACAAGGAGCAAACGGUGGCUAUUAGCCAACGUCAGCAAUGUUCCGAAAAUUCAGCGAUUCUUCCCUUUCGUCAUCGGUUCGACGAAAUAACAUCAGUGGCUUUUGAAGAAAAUGAAUUGACGGAUGAAGAAAACUAUGGAAUCGGACCCACUGACAACCAAGCACCGUCACCGGAAAUGUGUGGAGCUAAAUUCAUUCAGCCAAAUCCAUCACCAAUACGAGAAAGUUGCGAAACCAUACCAGAAUGUCAGGAAAUAUACCUGAAAACCACGCAAUUUAGUCGAAUCGACAACGAACUUGGUUUGAACAAGGAGCAAACGGUGGCUAGCCAACGUUGUUGGCAAAAUUCAGCGAUUAUUCCCUUUCGUCAUCGGUUCGACGAACUUACAUCAAUGGCUUUUGAAGAAAAUGAAUUGAUGGAUGAUGACUCAAAGGAAGAAGAAAGCAUCCAAGAGAAGUUUAGAGACAGAAUUUUAAAAGCAUUAGGACCAAAUAGCUGUUUCACAUACUUUGGUACGUCCGUCCAAGAAUGGAUUCCUAAUCUCAAAAUCUAUUCAUCCUAUUGUUAUCAGCUGAUUGAAGUUAAAAAGCUGCUAGACGAAAAAAAGAACUCUGAUCCUCUAUUUGAGGAUUUCCUCAGACGUUGUCUGGAGUCCAGCUUUUCACGGCGUUUGGAUCUGUGGAGCUACCUGGACGCUCCCAGAUCCCGUUUAAUGAAAUAUCCCCUCCUAUUGACCCAGACACAAAAGUUUGGAAAAAACAACCACAAUGAAUUCAAGGCACUUGAACAAGCUCUUCAAAUGCUUCGCGAUGUUCUAGACCAAGUAGACAGAUCAACGGGACUUGCAAUAUGCAAACAGGUAAUCGAUAAAAUUGAUUUGCCUGAGGAAAUGACUACAGUUUUUGAAGAUGCCAACACUGUUAUGUGUAGAGGAGAACUCGAGACCUGUCAAGGGAUCAAGCUUCAAUGCUUUCUGUUCAACAGUGGGCUGGUCCUCACCAGAGCUGAUUCCAGGGGGCGCCUAAAUCUCUACGGGAAUCCCUUUGAAGCAGGACACUUCAAAAUAGUUGAUUUAGGGAGCGAGGUCCAACAAAAAACUAACAGAAGCAAACUUCAAACGAGGUAUUUACUUCGAGUCGAUACACCGUCGGAAAAUACAUACAAUCUACUUUGGCAUAAAAUUUGGUUUAGUUUUGUCGAACUCAAGAAGCGUAAACGAACGUCAGCAGCUUCAAAACGGGCUUCGACAACUCCAAAAAGGUCUUCGCCCGCAAAAAAAAGCAAUCACGGUAUACACGAGACACCAAUUGUCAACACGACUCCAACUCCGCAGAGAAAAAGAUCUUCUACAGCAGAUGAACGUCCUUCGCGAAUAGGUACACGCAUCUCCCCACGUACCUUGCAACGACAAACUGGCCUUACCCAUUAUAAAGACACAUCCAGCGAAUCGGAGGACGACGAGGAUAGCGUUGAAGUUAGCGAAAUUUCAGAAGACCCGAACGGUGACAAAGAAGACGAAGAGCCUAACGAACAGACUGUCGCUGUGGCGAAAACUGCUCAGCGAAAAAAACGUGGUCGGAGAACAAGAAGCCGAAAGAGGCCGGUUAAAAAGAAAUUGCAAAAGAUCGUUGAAGAGGCAGAAGAAACUGCGGAGAAAGAAACGGCAAUUGAAGAAGCAGAAAAAGUGGAAAUGAAAGUAGAAAAAGAAGAUGCGGAAGAAAAAGUUCAGAAUGAAGAUAAGAUUGUAAAAGAAGAAGAGACGUCUAACAUCGGUAAAGAUGACAAUGUCUUCGAUGAAGCUGAUGAGACGCUCGACAAGCAAGAAAAAGGCUCCAAAGAAGGAGAUGAAGUAAUAAAGCCGCCAAUUCCCUUACAGGGCGAAACCAUUAAGACCGAUAUAAAGAAGGAAGAGAGCGAACAACCUGUAAUUAACGAAGAACAAAACGAACCGAAGAAAGAAGGUCUAGUUAAGGGUGAGGGUGAAGAGUCUUCGCCAUCAGCUACUACUUAGCGCUUUACGGUGUCUCAAUUGUUGCAAAAACUCGCUCCAUCAAAAGAGCCAGCAACACCAGCAGCUCCUGAAACUACCACUUCUUCGGAAGCAGAACCGAUAUCCGAGACGGUUUCCGAUCCUGAUCGUGCAUCGUAUGACCCCUACUUCUUCGAACUCAUCAUUUCCAAUGUAGAAGAAUUACAAGACUGGAUCAAUCGCUUUAGCGAUGUAAAUGAAGAAGGAAAACCUCGUCCUCGCUGUGAGGUAAAACUCCGCGAGCAUCUUCAGUCGCUGCUGGAGGAGGCCCAGCCACUGGCGUCUGACCAGCAACAAGCCAAUCAAAAAAUUUGCCAACAACUGUGGAAAGAAUGGGAACGCUACCGAUGCUCUUCAUCGAGCAAUCGCCAAACCUCUGGUGCAGCCGAUGAAAGCGAUCGAAUUCGUGAUUCAGGCAUGUCAGAAUCGGAGGGUUCUCAACCAGAAGAUAACACGAGCUCUAUCGGAUCGGAAGAUGGCGUGCGACAUUCACGCCGACUUCGAGUUAAGCGUAUUCUACACACAGCUAAUGGUUCUCAUCAGAGUACGAGAAGUUCCAGUCCGAUGGAAGAAGAGCCUCCUAGCAAACACAAUCGCAAAGGGUCCUAUAACUUUGAUCCGGCUUGGGACUCGGACGCCCAUUCAACACCUGAAACACCUGUGGGUCGUAAACGUUCUAACUACAUCCCUGAAAUGAAAAAUCCUGGCUUUUGGAUUGGGCGACGCGUUACCAGGGCAACAGCUGAAUUUGUUGGUGUUCCAGAAGAAAGCACAAGUCCACCUCAAGAACCACAAAAUAGCCAACCUGUGAUUAAGUCUGUAGACAAAUCUCCUCCAGCAGGCGUCCAAACAGACCAGCUCGUUGAUCAGCUUCGUCAACUCCGUCGACAACAGGUUUUACUCAGCAGUAACGAUCCACGUCCAAGUGCAUCAGCUGUCAGCUCACCUAACGGUUCACCGUCAGUUUAUUUUCCCUCUAAAGACGGACAACUAGUAAGAAUCACGAACCCGAAAACAGCUGGAUUUCUCACACAGCUCAAAACGAACCGGUCAUUACAGUCAAACACGUCUAGCCCAAUUGCUGCUCAACCGAGAAAAAUUUUCAUUCAUCAAAGGCCGCCCCUCCAUCUUCAGAAAGCGGGUGGCAGCCCACCAGCACCAGUAUCCAUCGACAUCACCCAGUUAGUUAGCCAGGCAGCCCUAAAUGGGUUGAUUGUGGCUCACGAGCCGCGCAGUCUAUCGUUGGAUAUGGGACAACAUGGGCGUUUUAUGGUCACGGCCCAAAUGACACCAGCUGGCCCUAAAGUCAUCAGCGCAUCUCCGUUGCCACGAAAGUUGAAAAUCAUUACUAAUGCGGCUUCUACGGACGCCGCUUCCGUUGUUCAAGCUGUUCCUGAAUUGGCAGUUGCAGCUACCGAAUCAACUCUUGUCGAUUCUUCUUCUCCUAAAGUCGUUCUUGCAGUUCCCACUUCAAUUGAAUUAAAUUCUGCAAUUCCUGUUGCUGAGGAAUCGACUGCUAAAACCUCUAUUGCCGCUAAUUUGGCUCACGCAGAUCAGCCUGCCGCAAAAGAUGUCACCACCGUAACCAAAUCAAUUCCUCCUAACGUGACGCCAUCCCUUGUCAACCCGGCCAUUACCCCUAAGACCAAUGGAUCGCCUGCCGUUUCCAAACAAAUCCUUAUUAGCGAUCCGAGACAGAACAAUAUUAUCAGUGCUGAUAUUCUUCGUUCAGUUGCUGGGCCAGAAGCUGUUGGAGCAAGAUUGACUAUUGUCAAAGAAGGCAACUCGAAGAUGCUUACCUUGAUUCUCUCCAAUGGCGAGAUUCGCCGACUUACCAAUUCACAGGUCCAGCAGAUCCAGGCCGCUGUACGCAACAAAACGAAACCUACAAGCGAUGAAGCUGCAGCUUCCUGAGUCGUCCCUUCGUUUACAUUUCUCCUGAAAUUUUUGCUAUUUAUUCAUUUCGUCUUCACUUGCGAUCAAAUAAAAUUUUCUUAUUAUGACUGAUGACCCCAUAGCAUGUCAAAACUUAUAACUUGGUCGCAAGGCGAAUAAAAUUCUUUUUUCUUA